CUCGCACUAAAAAUCUCCAGCUCAAAGGUUUGUUCGGUUUCCUGUCGUGUGCCUUCCGCAAUGCCAAAAGAUAUUUUCCGUAAACGUUUCGCGCAUCGCCGCGACCAAUUGCAUCGCGACUUGGACGAGCUCGAAGAACAGCUUCGCCGCGUGGCAUCCGACGGGCAACCAGAGGUGCAGGCAGAGGUGCAGGCAGAGCCGCAAGCAGAGGAGCAACCAAAGCCGCCAGCAAAGCCCAAGGAAAUCAUCGGCAAGGUAAUUCGUCCGCAAAGACACGCGCCGAACGUUCGAUACCAUUACGGCAGCGGGGAGCCGAGCACCAAUUGGCUCUGCAGCGAUGACAUUCCCAUUGUGACACGCCGCGCCCUGGAGGACAACGGCUCGGAGCAGCUGAUGGCCCGCCACCAGAUGGACGAUGUGGGCUCCGAGUUCAGCCACACCGUCUGGAAGGUGGUGAAGCCGGGCCAGCGCCGCGACAAGAAGUACGACAAGAAUGGCGUCAGAAUCGGCUACAUACAAGAGCUGCCCGUGGAAACAGGCGACGAAAAGGGAAUCGGAAUGGGAAUAGGAGUAGGAAAAGGGAAAGGGAAAGAGAAUGUGCCGCCAGCUGUGGGCAAGUCGGCGCAGGUGGCCGAGCUCGUGCUGCCGUUCGGCUGCACCGCGAACGAAUGCAAACUGAAAUUCGCCGAUCGCGCCGCGCUGAGCGCCCAUCAGCGCCUCAGCGGACACCACGACUGGCAGCAUCAGUGCGAGAAGUGCAAGCAGUUCUUUCGCCAAAUCAACUACUUGAACCGCCACAAGGCUGCCUGCCUCAAGGAGGGGAAAGACGGCGCUGAGCCCGAGUAAUGCCUGGCAGCGAGAGAGAAAGGGACGCCACACGCCACACACGUGGCACUGACGCGCUGUGAUUUUUAGUGUCC